AUGAGCAGCGCACUGAACGUAAAAUUCGACAUAUUCCUUCUGCCAUUCAUGUCCCUGUUGUACCUUUUCAACGGUUUGGACAGAGGGAAUGUCGGAAAUGCUCAAACGCAAGGCUUCACCAAUGAUAUCGGAGCUCAAUCCAGCGAUCUCAAUCUCUCCGUGUCACUAUUCUUUAUCACAUUUGUUAUCUUCCAGCCUAUAUCCUCAGCCGUUGGCCGCCGAAUCGGUGCCAAAAAUUGGAUUCCAGUCAUCAUGUUCGGUUGGGGUGUUCUCACCAUCUGUCAUGCUUUCAUUCAUGGGCGUGCUCAACUCAUUGCCGUUCGACUUUUAAUUGGCCUUUUCGAAGCUGGUUUCUACCCGACUGCAGUGUUUUAUCUCUCCACAUUUUACACUCGUUUUGAUCUUGCUGUCCGGAUAGCUCUUUUCUAUGGGCAAUAUGCAAUUGCUGGAGCCUUCUCGGGCGCUAUUGCUUAUGGAGUAUUUCAACUUGACGGUGCUUUACACAAUUGGCAGUAUCUGUUCAUCAUCGAGGGAGCACUCACCUGCUUCUUUGCGAUUAUUUCUUGGUUUUGGUUGCCGAUGGGCCCCGGUUCCGCGUGGUUUCUUACCCCUGAGCAGAGACUAUUCAGCACAAACCGGAUACAAAUCGACGGCGCGCGUUAUGUACAGCACCAAUACGGCAAGGAUGGCCUUGAGAGGCCGACUGAACGCCUCUCGAAACGUGAUAUUGUCGAAACAGCUAAGGACUGGAAGCUGUGGUAUAUUCUCUUCUUCAACAUAUGCGCCAGUAUCCCAGGACAAGCAUUUUCGGUGUUCUUGCCGCUGGUGGUGAAAGGUCUUGGUUACAAAUCAAUCACGGCAAACCUAAUGUCCGUUCCGCCUUAUGUCUGCGGUGCUGUCGGAUUGUACAUCUUCGCUCUGCAUUCAGAUCACCGACGUGAGCGAGGCUUUCAUAUCCUUGGGGGCUUGCUGGUCUGCUUGGUGGGUCUGAUUAUUACCGUCACCGUCAGCCAUCAAAAGAGUCGUUACGCCGGCCUUUGCAUUCUCACAUUUGGAAGCUACGUGUCUGCGCCCCUCACUGCAGCUUGGCUCAGUGGAAAUACUCCCGAGCCAGGCAAACGAUCACUUGUACUCGGCGUGAACGGCUUUGGGAACUUGGCUGGUAUCAUUGGAUCCGAGCUAUUCCAAGCAAAAUACGCUCCUCGCUAUUUGAUACCUUUCUACGCCACACUGGGAUUUGUUGCGACUGCAUUCCUUGGAUAUCUCGCGUAUCGAUACACAUUGUUGGCAGUCAACAAGUGGAGAGCAAGACGAACUGAAGGGUGGUCUGAAGCAGAGAUUGAGGAGGAGAGAUUGAGCGAGAAGAGGUUUGGAGAUCGGAAAUUGACAUUCGUGUACGGCUUGUAA